AUGAGAGUUAAACCAGAGUUACUAUUACGUACGAUGAAAAUUCUUGGCGAAAUAUCCGGAAUCUGGCCAAUUUUUGACUCGAAAUGGUUGAUAAGAAUUAUAAAGGAAUUAGUAUGGUUUGUGUCGAUAGUUAAUAUUGCAUUGAUAAUAAUUCCCAUGGUAUUACGUAUACACAAAGACAUAUACGAAGAUCAACCAUUGAAUGCACUUCAUUCUCUAAGUGCACUGCCAGUGUAUUCAGAAACGUUCGUCAAUCUUAUCAUAUGGAAGUAUAAUAAGAAUCAAAUUCAGGAAUUAUUAGUGGAAAUGUUUGAUUACGUAAAAUCAGUUAAAGGCAGAGACAAAAAUAUUUUAAGUAAAUCAAUUAACCAUCAUCUGCCUUUGUAUAUAUUUGUGGUGGUAUUUUGUACAAUAGCGUGUGUUUCUCAUCUAUGCGUUCCAAUUUUUACGCCUCUAAGACUAUUACCUUCUGUAGCUUAUUAUCCAUUUACCAUUGAACCAUAUACAGCCACAUAUUACUUAGUUUAUACCCAGCAAGCUAUAGCUAUCUUACAAGCUGCAUUACAUCACACUGUUGUUCCAACUAUAAUCGCAAUACUAUUGUCUUAUGUAACAGCAAAACUGAGAGUACUAUUACUAGCAUUGAAAAAUGUUGUCAAUGUUGAUGAGUUCAAUAAUUGGAUACAACAGCAUCGAUAUUGUAUACAGUAA